GGUGGUGACCAGGGUGAUGGUAUGGCGUAUGGCAGUGAUCAGGACACUGGUAUGGGGUAUGGUGGUGAUCAGGAUGCUGGUAUGGUGUAUGGCGGUGAUCAGAACACUGGUAUAGUGUAUGGCGGUGAUCAAGGCGCUGGUAUGAUGUAUGGAGGUGGUCAAGGUGCUGGUAUAGCAUAUGGCAGUGAUCAGGGUGUUGGUUUGGGGUAUGGCGGUGAUCAGGACAUUGGUGUGGUGUAUGAAGGUGUUUUGUGCACACUGGGAUGGGUGACAGGGCCUCCCUGCAUUAUUUAUUAUUGUUAUUGUGGGGCAGUAAUCAGGGACACUCUAGCACUAAGCUGGGGCACUGGGGUGGCUGGCACUGCA